CGACCUGAACGUCGCUUCGUGGGGCCGCGUGCGGCUGCCCCGGCACCGAAUUUUGGAAGGAGCCUGCGCCCCGACUUCAUUGUGCUUCGUGGGGCUGCCCGCGACGUCGCAGCGUUGUAAUAUGGUCCGCAGCCACGCCCAGCACCUCGAAGCGCUGCUGGCCGAGCAGCGCCUCAUCGCCGCCCAGAAGCCGAACCUUCAGCUCUGUUGGAAGUUCCUGGAGGAGGAAAUCGCGCGCGUCAGGGCCGCGGAGAAGGUUAAUCCGACGCGUACUACACCAGUGAAGACGCCGUCGGGGCGGCACGUGAAGAAGACGCCCGAGCAGCAUGGCGCCAAGAAGACGACGCCAAACAAGACGACGCCUGACAAACACGUGAAGCGCGCCACGCCCGAGCAUGGCGCGACGAAGAAGCCCGCUGAGCUGCCCGAGGCGAAGACCGCGCCCGUCAAGGCGCCGUCGAUGCUGCAGCGCGUCAAGCGCGCCGUCGGCGCGGACAGUAAAGUGCAGCCUAUUGCACAGAAGGAGGACGCCCUCUCGCCGGUGAGGACGCCCUCUCACCGGAUGGCGUCGCCCUUGAAGCAGAAGAACACCGAUUCGGCGCCGGAAGUCUUGAGUCCCGCGUCGCGGCUCAGAAGGAAGAAGGAGAAGCUCAAGGCCUUCUCCACCGCCGGCGCCGUCGACGAGAAGAUCCAGAACGAGUAUAGGCGCAAGCGCAUCCUCCAGGAGGAGGCCGUGACGUCGAAGCGAGAGUUAUGUGAUAUGGCUCUGGAAGAACGGGCGCAGAAAGCGAGGGACUUUACGUGCGUCGGCCACGACACGGUCUUCAUCUCCAAGGCGAAGGCGUAUCUACGGUUGCAAUUGUUCCUGAAUGCGAGACGGGACUACAUGCUCGUCUGUACUCGAGCGGCUCAGCACGAGACCUACGAGCCCGUGUUAGUGUCCGAAGCUGAGCUUGCUAGGGCGGUCACGGCCUACAACAAGGGCAAGAAGCCUACCCUAUCCAAAACAGGUACGGAGGCCGAGGACUGGGCCCUGCACUACCUGUUCAAGUGCGGUCGAGUCACUAUCGCAGAUGACAAGUGCGAGAUCCUCGGCGUCGACUCGUUUAGUCUGGACGACGCGAUGAAGUGCGGCAACUACUCGGACGUGAGUUGCUUCGGCGCGUGGCGCGCGAUCACGCUCGAGCACUGGCAGCCCGCCGGCGCCGAGGGCGACAAAAUUGCCAGAGCCUUCGACGCCACGUUCGUCGCAGCGGAGGAGGACAUCUCCGCCAACGAACGCGGAAGGGAGGAGGCCGAGGCGGAGCGAGUCAAGAUGAACGCCGCGGCCAAGGAGCUCCAGGCGCAGCACGCGGAAGACGCGCCCAUGCUCGACGGCCUCAUCGCGGGCCACGCGCCGGGGCAGAAGCACAGCGCGCAUCCCGUGAAGCACCACAGCGCCGGCGAUCGGCCGCGGUCGCGCGUGAAGCCGGCUUUGCCGAAGGCCGCGCAUGGCGGCCACUAGGGGUCGUGCCGUGAUGAUACUAAGAUCAAGAGUCCACUUAUGGCAUUGAGGGGGCUCUGAGGGGAAAGGGACGUAGUGAGAAGAAAAAGGGGACCGA